UAAAUCGGUCGCAAAAUGUUGCGAAAUAUUAUUUGUAUAAUCCUUGUGUUAAAUUUAUUCGUAACGUUUUCUAAGGCAAUUUACAUUUCCGAACGCAAUGAGACGAAAUUACUUCAAUCAAUUAAUGAUCAACUAGUCGAAUUGAAAGCGAAACAGGGACGUCACGAAAUAUUGAUAGAAGAACUUAUGAAAUCAAUGCACAUUCUGGAUCGACAAGAUAACUUUAUGGAUGGACUUCUUAAGGCCACUAACAUUCAACAUCUUAUAACGGAACAGGAGCGUCAGGCAAAGCUGAUCAAUGGAGUUGUUAGGGAAUCAGAUUUUCAACAACUUAAAGCAGAUUUUCAAUAUCUACGUGCGGAACUGGAAAAGCAGAAGAAGGAGGAAGCUGAUAUGGAUAUAAACAUGCAAGAACUCAAAAAGGAACUGGAACAACGGAAGAAAAGUGCAGAGGAUAAAGAGUCGGACAGUCAAUCUCUCAGGGUGGAAAAUCAAAACCUUAGAGCGGAGCUAGAAAAACAGAAGAAGGAUGCAGCUAAUAUGGCAUCUGAUAUUCAACAACUAAGAGCAGAGCUGGAAAAGCAGGAAAAAGAUGGAAUUAAAAAGGAAUUUAAUAAUCAACAACUCAAAGCGGAGCUGCAACAACAGAAGAAAUGUGAAGUGGACAAUGAAUCUCUCCGAGCGGAGGUGGAACGAAAGAGAAAGUUGGUGAAUGGACUUGUUAACCCACCUAAUUGUACAGAGGCCAAGUCCAAUGGGAUCAACGAAAUACUCCUUCCUAACUUUAGCACUCAAUCUUUUAAAGUUGCCUGCGAUGUGGAAACUCGGGGUGGAGGAUGGACAGUUAUCCUGAGGAGGAUGGAUGGAAGUGUCAACUUCUAUCGCAACUGGACUGAGUACAAAAAUGGAUUUGGAGAUCUGAAUGGAGAAUUCUUCUUAGGUUUGGAAAAAAUACACGCAAUAACUGAAGAAAGGAGACAGGAGCUUCUCGUUGUUCUUGAGGACUUCGAGGGGGAUAACAGGUAUGAGAAUUAUGAUGCUUUUGCAAUUGGCAACGAGGAUCAACAAUAUGUCUUACACACUCUGGGUGAAGCCACUGGAACUGCUGGCGAUUCCCUCACUUAUCAUCGUGGCCACAGAUUUAGUACAUUUGAUCGGAAUAAUGAUUUUUGGAAAAAGGAAAACAAAAAUUACGCCAAAAGCAACACUGGUGCAUGGUGGUUCUAUGGUGGUCACUACAGUCACUUAUUGGGGAAAUAUAAUGACAACAAUUAUGAAAAGGGCGUCAUUUGGUACCAUUUUCGGGGUAAUGAGUACUCCCUUAAAACAGCUGUGAUGAUGAUAAGGCCGAGAAAGUGAAUAUUGAUGAAGAAUUCACAAGCUGCUUGAAUAAUUAAUUUUAGUGUCUUGUAAUAUCCCACAAAAAAAACCUCUAAACGAGGUA